GCUUUAGGAAAAGAGAGAAACUCCGGAGGAAGGUUGGCAUUUGUGAAGAGAUGGAUUUGAGCUGCUGGAAAGAAAGAGAUGGUGAACUAGUGAUUGAUGAAGGGAAAACUAGACAACCAUGUGGGCACAGGAAUAUCUACUUGUCGGCUAUGAAUUCGCCUGGUGAAUUAUUAAGCUAUGACUUCCCUUGCCUGAGAGACAAGCCUCUUCCUUACAGGCGUAUUCAGGUACGAGGUCCCUGGAACGGAUUGACUUGUUUAACCGUGUUUGAUCGCUUUCUCAUUAUCUCAAAAUUUUCAACCAAAGAUUAUCACAUCACGUUAUUCCCAUCUGAUGAAAAGUUUUAUCCUUUUUAUGGAUUCGGAUUCGAUUCGGUCAGUGAUGAUUAUAAGGUGCUGAUGAUUGUUCCUUAUAAUGAUUAUUCUGUGAAACAGCAGUUUAUACUCUGAGAUGUAAUGCGUGGAGCCCAACUAAAAGUUGUUGAAGAUUUCCUCCUUUAGAUCCUGAAUCUCUUCUGAUACCGUAAACGGAGUUUUUUGCUCUGGUGCUCUUCAUUGGCUUGCGGAGGAGUCUCAACAUGAUUACUACCCCAGAUUCAUCCUGGCUUUUGAUCUCACCACUGAAGAGUUUCACGAGAUGCCAUUGCCUCCACAAGAAGGUAAAGGAAGGGGUAUGAGAGUCGAUAACAAUUGCCAGCUGGGGGUACUUGAAGGGUGCCUCUUCAUGUCAAGCAGUCCAAAACCGAUUUAUGAUAUAUGGAUCAUGAAAGAUUAUAACAUCCAUGGUUGUUGGACUAAACUGUUUCGGAUUAUGUCAAAUAUGGGGUGGACUGCUCUGACUCUGCUGUUCCAUUCAAGGAGUGACCAUAAAGUUCUGUUGUUAUCAGAGAGUAGACCUGUUUCUGCUGGUAUAAUCUAGAGAGGGGACAACUGGAACAUGUUCUUACUUCAAAAAUAUCUCCUCUAGGUGGAUACCUUGAUGUGUACACAGCAGCUAUUUGUUUAGGAACCCUUGUUUCCAUAAGUGCCUAUAAAGUUUUAUGGAAGGAAGAUUCAAACUCAAGCAGGAAAGGAAGAGGAAGAAAAAGGAGGAGAUCAAUGGUUGGCAAGUUUGAUGAGGCUUUAUUGUGUUUCUUAGUUUUCCUUAAGAGGUUUAAUUCUGUUCAGUCUAAAUGUUACUAUUCUUUAUAAUAAUAGAUACUUGACUUA